AUGUCAAGAUCUGAUCACACAAGAAUCUUGAGUUUUGGCCCCGAAAUUGAGAAGAUUACGCGUCGAUUGAGAAAAGAAACUAGGGAGCGUCGCCAAAAAGAUUUAGCUUCAGAAUCAUCUAGCGAUUUUAGUUCUGACGAGAUCGAUCUAGAAGAAGAGAUUGAUCAAACUACACUAAGGGAGCUGGCAGCUUCUAACUUGACCCAACAACAUGUUUUCAUCACAUACCCGACGGUAGACGGAGAAGAGCCACAUAAGCAUCUUCAAGAAUUUAAUGUCGUCUGCACAAGUAUGAAGCCACUAGGAGUAAAAAAAGAUCAAAUCAAGAUUCGUGUUUUUCCCUUCUCAUUGAAAGACGCAGCAAAAGAUUGGUUAUUCAAUCUACCUGCCGGAAGUGUCACUACAUGGACUGACAUGAAGAUAAAGUUUUUCGAGAAUUGUCCCCAUCAUCAAAUCCCCGUACAAUUACUGAUUCAAUAUUUCUAUGAAGGUUUGAUUUCCAUCGACAUGAGAAUCAUAGACGCGGAAAGUGGAAGAGCCUUGAUGAACAAAACAUCUAGAAAGGCAUGGGAUUUACUUCAUGAUAUAGCAAUGAAUUCACAACAUUUUGGACCAAAGAGAAGGAAGACACAAUUUCAGGCCUGUGGGAUCUGCACAAGUCAAGAACAUCCAACUGAUACUUGUCCCAUAUUGAGUCAAGAAAUAGAUGUCAAUGCUACAGGAUUUGUCCCUAAAGCAUACGAUCUCCACUCGAACACCUACAAUUCAGGAUGGAGAGAUCACUCAAAUUUGAAAUAUGGGAAUCAACAAGCUAACUUUGGAGAUCAUUCGAGAGGAUUCUUAGCAUCUAACUAUCCUCCACAACCUCUUCAAGCGGAAAUUCGGAAUAACAUAAGGAGCUUGGAAGAACAAGUAAGUCAAAUAGUGAAUGAGAUGUGCGAGAUUAUGUCGAGAGAAAAAGAUUCAGAAGUAUCAAAAACUGAAGCUCCAAAUGACAAGAAUGAGGAUGACAUUGAGAACGAAGUAGAGCAAGCCGCCAAUGAAACAUCAGACAAGGUAACUUCUGAAACACCUACUCAUCUUAAAACUAACGUUGCACCGUUACCUUGCAGGUUGGUGAAACCAAAGAAGGAUGACAAAAAUAAGAAGAUGAUGAAGAUGUUUCGAAAGAUGAAAUUGAACAUACCCCUGCUGGAUGUGAUCAAGCAAGUGCCAAAGUAUGCAAAAUUUCUGAAGGAUCUUUAUGCUAACAAGAAGAGACUACGAGAAGAUGAAUGCAUUAUUGCUGGCGAGAGCGGAAUCCUCGAACCGAAUGAUAAAUCUAUUCUGGACAUAAAAUCGAAGCCACCGUCGAAUCAGUUAGAGUCUAUUCACUUAAAUGAUAAUAUAAAUCUUGCAGAGAAAUUUUUGUGA